AGUUUACUCUUUUUUUCAGUUGUCUUUCUUUCCAUCCCUUUUUUCAGCUUCCCUUUAAUUGUGAUAAAAUAAACAAACGAUAAAUUAGUUAAUUUAUUUUCUUCUAAAUUGUUCAUCAUCCUAAGGUUAAUCUCCACUAAUCGUCUCCAUCAUCAUCUGACCACAAACAACAACAUUUGAUACAGAAAAACCUACAAGUGAACAAAAAGACUAUUGGAAAUUGAAAAUCUCUCUCUUUCUCUCUUUCUCUAUUUUCCUUUCUCUCUCUCUCAUCUUCCAACCUUCAACAUCUCUAUUAACAUCAUCAUCAUAAUCUUUUUCUUCUCUUUCUUUUUUCUUCAUCUUCAUCAUCAAUAUAAUUCUCCAUCAAAGUCAUCAAAGUCUCACUUUUUUAGUAACUAAGCUAACCUUUUUUGCAUCUUAUUCUCUCUCUCUUUCUCUCUCUCUCUCUUUGCUCUCUCUCUCUCUCUCUCUCUGCUCUAUCUUUCUCUGUCUCUCUCACUCUCUCGCUUUCCAAUCAUAUUGAGAAUUGUAAUUACAUAACGUAAACAAUAUUUGGUAAUAUUGUUUACCAAUGGAUUAACCAAGAGGAUAAUGUCAUCAUCAGCCAACACCGAUCGGGUCAACAACGUCCAGUUCAAGGGUCAAUCUAUGUUUUAUACAGUUGAAGUGGGUGAAACUAAAUUCACAAUAUUGAGACGGUAUCAAAAUCUCAAGCCAAUUGGUUCAGGAGCUCAAGGAAUCGUCUGUUCAGCAUAUGACACGGAAGGAGGACAAAAUGUGGCCAUCAAGAAACUAUCCCGACCCUUUCAGAAUACUACCCAUGCAAAGAGAGCAUAUCGAGAAUUUAAAUUGAUGAGAUUAGUUAAUCAUAAGAAUAUAAUAGGUUUAUUGAAUGCCUUUACACCACAAAGGAGUUUAGAGGAGUUUCAAGAUGUUUAUUUAGUUAUGGAAUUGAUGGAUGCGAAUUUGUGUCAGGUCAUCCAAAUGGAUCUCGAUCAUGAAAGAAUGUCUUAUCUACUUUAUCAGAUGCUUUGUGGAAUCAAACAUCUUCAUUCGGCUGGGAUAAUCCACAGGGACUUAAAGCCAUCCAACAUAGUCGUUAAAAGUGACUGUACCCUUAAAAUUUUGGACUUUGGUCUUGCCCGAACAGCGGGUACCAAUUUUGCCAUGACACCUUAUGUUGUUACCCGUUACUAUCGAGCGCCUGAAGUUAUCUUAGGAAUGGGUUAUACUGACAAUGUUGACCUUUGGUCUGUUGGCUGUAUCAUGGGUGAAAUGAUUCGUGGUACAGUUUUAUUUCCUGGUACCGAUCAUAUAGACCAAUGGAACAAAAUUAUUGAGCAACUUGGUACGCCUUCACCAGAAUUUAUGCAAAGAUUACAGCCAACCGUUCGUAGUUACGUUGAAAAUAGGCCAAGAUACGAUGGAUAUAAGUUUGAAAGACUAUUUCCUGAUAUGUUAUUUCCCACCGAUUCAACGGAACACACAAAAUUAACUGCUGCCGAGGCUCGUGAUCUACUUUCAAAAAUGUUGGUUGUUGACCAAGAGAGACGGAUUUCCGUUGAUGAAGCUCUUGCUCAUGAUUAUAUUAAAGUUUGGUGGGAUGCCAGUGAAGUGGAAGCACCAGCACCGGCACCUUAUGAUCACCAUAUUGAUGAAAGGGAACAUACUGUUGACCAAUGGAAGGAACUUAUAUACCAGGAAGUAUUAGAGUACGAAAGGGAACAAAAUGGUUUUAUCGUUUCUCCACCACCUCCACCGCCUCCACCACCACCCCAACAACAACAACAAGCAAACCAUAGUGGUCCAGAUACAUAGGAUUUUAUUUUAACGAAACUUGUCAACAUUAGUUGACAAGAGAAGGAGAUGAAAAACAAAACAAAGGAAAACAAAAAGGAAAAUGACAACAAUUUGUCCAAUUUAAUGAGUCGUUAUUUGGAUUAACACAAUCUAACAGCAAGCGAAGAUGCAGCUUACAACAAUUAGAGAAAAUUAACAAAAAAAAAAGGAAGAAAGAAAUUAAAUUUCUUCUUCUUCCAUUCGCAUUCCUACUCUACUACAACUAUUACUAUUAACUACUAACUAAUUACAAUUAAUACUACAACUUCUAAAAUUCAACAGCUAAUUGUCUUUACAUGAUUAUUAUGAAUAAUUGAAUCGUCAUCAACAUCACCCAAUCAUCAACAACCAUCGACAACAAUUAUUUACAAAGACACUCAUGCUUCUUAAAUGUCUUAAUUUCUGCAACUAAAACAUAAUUCACUUUCAUUUCAAUCACAACAGCACUCACACACUCACAAGCAACACUCGGAAUCUUUAAAUCAACAACAAUUGAUUUACUUUUACAAUCACAUUCAUCUAAUUUUUGUCUUCUUUUUUUCUCCUUCCCAUUUUGAUUCUAUUCUAAUUUUUUUUUCUUCAUUUGCUUCUUUUCCUCUUUCCCUGACCUCUCUCUCUUUUAUCUGUCCAUUUUAUUGUAAGUAAACAAUCAAUUUAAUUUCACAAUAAACUAAAUGUUAUUAGAAGUCAAAGUAA